UUUCUGCCGGGACAUGCCAAAGGGGAGACCGGAAGUCCUGCGCCGCGAGGUUCCGGGUUUCCUGGACUACUACGAUGGCGAUGAGUUUCGAGUGGCCGUGGCAAUAUCGCUUCCCGCCCUUCUUUACGUUACAGCCGAACGUGGACACUCGGCAGAAGCAGCUGGCUGCCUGGUGCUCGCUGGUCCUGUCCUUCUGCCGCCUGCACAAACAGUCAAGCAUGACAGUGAUGGAAGCUCAGGAGAGCCCGCUCUUCAACAACGUCAAGCUACAACGUAAGCUUCCUGUGGAAUCAAUCCAGAUUGUGUUAGAGGAACUGAGGAAGAAAGGGAACCUCGAGUGGUUGGAUAAGAGCAAAUCUAGCUUCCUGAUCAUGUGGCGGAGGCCAGAAGAAUGGGGGAAACUCAUCUAUCAGUGGGUUUCCAAGAGUGGCCAGAAUAACUCUGUGUUCACCCUGUAUGAACUGACCAAUGGGGAAGACACAGAAGAUGAGGAGUUCCACGGGCUGGAUGAGGCAACCCUACUGCGGGCUCUGCAGGCCCUACAGCAGGAGCACAAAGCCGAGAUCAUCACUGUCAGCGAUGGCCGAGGUGUCAAGUUCUUCUAGCAGAGACCCGUCUCCCUUACCUUCCACCUUUCCAAGGCUUUCAGAAGGAGGCAGAUCCAGUGUCCCCACAGACGGGAUCUGUGACUUCACUAGAUUCAAAAGGGCUCUAGUCCUGAAGGCUGGGACCCUGGGAUGGGUUUCUCACAUCUCAUGUUUGUCCCUAGGAUAGAGUGAGGCCAGGGUGCCAGAGAAAAAAGAUGUGCUGCUUCUUUUCUUCUUGCCCCAUCUCCUCGCCCAUCCUAGACUGUCUGAGCCAGGGUCUGUACAUCUAACACUUUACAUGUGUUCACACAUGGAUGUGCAUACACAGGUACACCUGCACAGCUUCUGCCUCCUCCUCUCCUCCCACCCCGUUAGCUGCUGUUGCCUCCCUUCUUGGGCUGGUGCUGGAUCCUUCCUAGGGGAUGGGAGAAGCCCUGGCUGCAGGCAGCCUUCCAGGUGAUAAGAAGAUAGGAGGUCCUUGGCCCUGGCAGUGAGAGGCAGGGCCCAACACAUGAUUUAUGAUAUUAAAAAAAUCUCAACGCCCA